UCCAAAAAACCGUCAGAUCAGCAAAUUUUCUACGAUUCUUUGUGUGUUCCCGCAAACGCUCACCAGUUUCCAUUGCUGAAAAUUGCUGAGAGCGAUCAAUGGGAAGCAGUCAAAUCCAGAGAGUUGGCAUCCUCUACGUUGCGAUUAGAGGAAGGCUCAGGACGGUCUCCUUACCCUCAACUCGAUGAGUUCAUGCUUAUGUUGUGGCGAAAAUGGAGUCAAGCCGCAUACAUCCGUCAGUGGAAAUUGAUGAGCAACAAAGAUGGAGGGCGCGUCACUGGCAUAAUUUAUUAUCCUGCAAACUGCCGCUACUGCUUCAACAUUGGCCGACAGCAUAAAAGUAACGGUACUUUUUGGACAGUAAAUUUUGAG